AUGGCGUCCAUGCGGGAGAGCGACACGGGCCUGUGGCUCCACAACAAGCUAGGGGCCACCGACGAGUUGUGGGCGCCGCCCAGCAUCGCGUCUCUGCUCACGGCUGCGGUCAUCGACAACAUCCGCCUCUGCUUCCAUGGCCUCUCGUCAGCCGUGAAGCUCAAGCUGCUUCUCGGGACGCUGCAUCUCCCGCGCCGCGCGGUGGACGAGAUGAAGGGCGCCCUCACUGAGAUCAUCCAGCUGGCCACCCUGGACUCGGACCCCUGGGUCCUCAUGGUGGCUGACAUCCUCAAGUCCUUUCCUGACACAGGCUCGCUUAACCUCGACCUGGAAGAGCAGAACCCCAACGUCCAGGAUAUCUUGGGGGAACUCAGAGAAAAAGUGAGUGAGUGCGAGGCGUCGGCCAUGCUGCCGCUGGAGUGCCAGUACCUGAACAAAAACGCCCUGACCGCCCUGGCCGGGCCCCUCACGCCCCCCGUGAAGCAUUUCCAGCUGAAGAGGAAGCCCAAGAGCGCCACGCUGCGGGCGGAGCUCCUGCAGAAGUCCACCGAGACUGCCCAGCAGCUGAAGAGGAGCGCGGGGGUGCCCUUCCAUGCCAAGGGGCGGGGGCUGCUCCGCAAGAUGGACACCACAACCCCACUCAAAGGCAUCCCCAAGCAGGCACCAUUCCGCAGCCCCGCCACCCCAAGCGUCUUCAGCCCUGCCGGGAACCGGACCCCCAUCCCGCCGUCACGGACGCCACUGCGGAAGGAGAGGGGUGUGAAGCUGCUGGAUAUUUCUGAACUGGACAUGGUCGGUGCUGGCCGGGAGGCAAAGAGAAGAAGAAAGACUCUAGACACGGAAGUAGUGGAGAAGCCAGCCAAGGAAGAAGCCGUUGUGGAAAACGCCACCCCGGACUAUGCAGCUGGCCUGGUGUCCACACAGAAACUUGGGCCGCUGAACAAUGAGCCAGCACUGGCCUCCACCAGCUACCUGCCGGCCACGCCCAGCGUGGUCCCAGCCUCCUCCUACGUCCCCAGCUCCGAGGCCCCGCCAGCACCGUCUUCCCGGGAAGCCAGCCUGCAAGCCAGCCGGCCGUCCGAGGAGCCCAGCAGCCCCAGCCCCACGCUCCCAGCCCAGUUCAAGCAGAGGGCCGCCAUGUAUAACAGCAGCCUGAGCCCAGCCACGCCUGCGCCUGCGCCCGCACCCGCCACCCCCACCUUGCCCCUGACACCCACCACGCCCCCAGCUGCCAGCCCCGCAGCCCAGACGCCCCCGGUAGCCAUGGUGGCCCCACAGACCCAGCCCCCGGCCCAGCAGCCCAAGAAGAGCCUGUCUCUCACGAAGGAGCAGAUAUUUGCCGCGCAGGAGAUGUUCAAGACGGCCAACAAAGUCACGCGGCCCGAGAAGGCCCUGAUCCUGGGCUUCAUGGCCGGCUCCCGAGAGAACCCGUGCCAGGAGCAGGGUGACGUCAUCCAGAUCAAGCUGAGCGAGCACACGGAGGACCUGCCCAAGGCCGACGGCCAGGGCAGCACCACCAUGCUGGUGGACACGGUGUUCGAGAUGAACUACGCCACGGGCCAGUGGACCCGCUUCAAGAAGUACAAGCCCAUGACCAACGUGUCCUAG